CCACCUGUAACUACCCACCUUCCUGCCCCCGUCCUGGCUCUCGUCUUCAAUGAAGACUGCAUCUUCCUCUGGACAGCACUAUGCGCUGUUUCCUCUUACUACCCUCCCUGCCCCUUCUGCACACACCCCCUAGUUCUCGCCUGCACGUACAACCCGAUUCUCAGCUGGGUUCUCGCAGCCUCCAAGACUGACAACCCCUGGACCAUCCUUGUUGCUUGGUGUCCUAACCAUCCUUCCUGCCGCGGGCACCCAUGACACUCCUCCACCUGCAAGCAUCCUUCCUGCAGUCUCUCAGGAGGACCCAGUAACCAGCUUCAUUUCCCAUUCCGGUCUCAGAACUAUAGACUUGAAGCAGAGACCUGGGAACCUGGUCUCAUGGUGUCAGUGGCAUCUGGCUGGCCAGAACUGGCAAGCCCCUAAGACUUAACAAGGGGGCGUGCAUGCAGAGCUGUGUUGGUAGCUCCUCCUCCCUGCCCCUCUGUGGAGCUUGACUGAGGACCAUCUUUCUGGACUGGGCCCCACAGACCGUCCUUUUUGCUGCUCCCCAGAUCUCAACGUGGCAGUCCUGCUGGGACCUGUGAGUCCACAGGCCCUCACUGCUGACCUCCACCUUCUGUGUGUCCCGAGGCCUGGUGGAAGGUACCUUGGAGGAGCCAGCCUAGUUCUUUCUGGAUGAGACAAGGGAUUUGUGUCACAGAGCGCCAGCUAAGUCUCCUUCCCUUUACAGUUGUGACCUUGCUUCCACAGCCUGCAGCUGCUCUACGGAGUACGUGAGAGCAUUUUUACCCAGCUGCCCAACAGCACACCCCAUCUGCUGUGCCCGCGGAGCAGAGGGCGUGGGAAGAAAGGUCUAGAGUAUGCAGGCGGCAGGUGCCCCCUUUUCACCCUCUGCCUGAACGUGGCAUGUGUGCCCGUGGAGCUCUCACAGACACGUGUGACCCUGUCAUCUGAGUCUCCGACCGUCCUUCACAGCGGUGUGGCUGUUCUCAAGGUGGCUGUGCAGGUCCUGCCUAGUGCGCAGUCUGAUGCCCAUCCAGCCCUUUGACCACCGGGAAUGGAAUGAGCCUAUGCACUCCCUCCGGAUCACUGUAGGGGGCCUUCCUGUGCUGGCAUCCAUGACCAAGGCCACAGACCCUCGCUUCCGCCCCCGCUGGAGGGUGAUCCUGACUUCCUUUGUGGGUGCUGCCCUCCUCUGGCUGCUGUACUCCCAUCAUCAGGCCCCAGUACCGGGCAGAUCCUCCGCCCACAAUGCACACAGCCGGAGGUUCAGCCCGGAUCAUGUGUCUCGCUACAAUGACACAUACCCCCUGUCCCCGCCACAGAGGACUCCAGGUGGGACUCGCUACCGGAUCGCAGUCAUUGCUGACUUGGACACAGGGUCCAGGGCCCAGGAGGAGAACACUUGGUUUAGUUACCUUAAGAAAGGCCACCUGACCCUGUCAGACAGUGGGGACAAGGUGACUGUGGAGUGGGAUAAAGACCAUGGAGUCCUGGAGUCCCACCUGGCAGAAAAGGGGCGGGGCAUGGAGCUCUCUGACCUGAUUGUCUUCAAUGGGAAACUGUACUCUGUGGACGACCGUACAGGGGUCAUCUACCAGAUCGAAGGCACCAAAGCAGUGCCCUGGGUGAUCCUUUCUGAUGGUGACGGAACCGUGGAGAAGGGAUUCAAAGCUGAGUGGCUUGCUGUGAAGGACGAGCACCUGUAUGUGGGUGGCCUGGGCAAGGAGUGGACCACCACCACAGGGGAGGUGAUGAACGAGAACCCCGAGUGGGUGAAGGUGGUAGGCCACAGGGGCAGCGUGGACCACGAGAACUGGGUGUCCAGCUACAAUGCUUUGAGAGCUGCCGCUGGGAUCCAGCCGCCAGGCUACCUCAUCCACGAAUCCGCCUGCUGGAGUGACACGCUGCAGCGCUGGUUCUUCCUGCCACGCCGGGCCAGCCACGAACGCUACAAUGAGAGGGCCGAUGAGCGCAAGGGCAGCAACCUCCUGCUGAGCGCAGCCCCAGACUUCAAGGACAUCUCCGUGAGGCGUGUGGGGGAGCUGGUCCCCACACAUGGCUUCUCAUCUUUCAAAUUCAUCCCUAACACUGACGACCAGAUCAUCGUGGCUCUCAAGUCAGAAGAGGACAGUGGCAGGAUUGCCACCUACAUCAUGGCCUUCACACUAGAUGGCCGCUUCCUGCUUCCAGAGACUAAGAUCGGCAGUGUCAAGUAUGAAGGGAUAGAGUUCAUCUAGAUGAAACAGUCACCAAGUCUUAUCACACAGUGAAGGUGGAGUUCCCACGUCUACUCCCUGCAGCAACAGAAUCAUCAACAUAGCCGCAAUGGCGAAAUUAUCUUUUACAGAAAGGGUCUCUGGAUCCUUGGCCUCUGCCUUCUAGCAACUUCAGAAGCUGCCAUGUUUUCCCUUCCCAGCAGUGGCUGAGGGAGGGCUCUAGAGACCUGUCCCUGUUGUCCCCUGCAUUUUUUGCUGGCUCCCAGUGAGCAUUUAGCAGCCUUCUCCUGUUUUCUGUCACUUUCUGUUCAUGCUCGAGAGCAAAGGCUGCAGAGUCAGGGUCAGAGGUUGCCCUGUAGGUAGCAGCCACCUUAGUCAUCCUGCAACGCCCUUAGGCUAGGACACAGGUACUGCCGCGGGCACAGGUCUCUGGUAGCCCUCAUAAGCCCCUUCCUCUGGGAAGCGAGGCAGACCACUGCCACUGGGGCUCUCACUACCCACAUGGCAGCCUGUUGACUGGUGACGGUGACAUCUUUGUGUACUGUCUGUGUGUUGCUGAGAGCUAAGCCAUACCUCUUCGAUGUGUGUCAACUGUGUUCGAGUGUGCUUCUAAACUGAAAGGGAGCCGGGCGGUGGUGGUGCACGCCUUUAAUCCCAGCACUCGGGAGGCAGAGGCAGGCGGAUCUCUGUGAGUUCGAGAUCAGCCUGGUCUACAAGAGCUAGUUCCAGGACAGGCUCCAAAGCCACAGAGAAACCCUGUCUCGAAAAACAAAAUAAAUAAAUAAAUAAAUAAAUAAAUAAAUAAAUAUAAAAUAAACUGAAAGGGAGAAAGUGGACCCUGUGGAGUGACACAGCACAGCCUUCACCUUCCUUUCCCUGACAGAAGCAGAGUGAUUGUGUCCUUCCCUCCCUCCAUUUGUUUUGUAAACAAUAAAGUGUCAGGGGACUGU